AUGGCACCGCGGAGAUCCUCCUGAGCGCCACGUGGCACGAAGCCGCCGGCGCCGCGCUCGCUCGCUCUUCCCGCCGCCCCGCCACUUCGCACUCCCGCGAGGGUCUUUCUCCGCCUGAGCAAGAUGGCGGCCGCUGGGCCCUGAGCGAUGCGGCUGACUCGGAAGCGGCUCUGCUCCGCGCUGCUGGCCGCUUACUUGCUCUUCUCCCUCUACGCGGCCUACAGCGUCUUCCUGAAGCCUCGCCGCCCUGCCGCCUCGCGAGCCGCCCCGAGGGGGAAGCGCGGGCGAGAGCAUGCUAGUUUGGGAACUGAAGAAUGGAAUCCUUGGGAAGUGGAUGAGAAAAACGUUUUGCAGUGGAAGUUUGAAAAUAGCCUUCAGUUGUUAAAGAAUCUGAAAGUGCAGAAGGAACAAACACAGCUCAGAGUACAAAUUUGGGGGAAAGCUGCUAUUGGCCUUUACCUGUGGCAGCAUAUCUUUGAAGGUGUGCUUGAGCCUUCAGAUGUAUCAGCCCAGAGGAGAGAAGGAAGCAUCACAGCAGGAAAAUCAUUCUUCAGCUUCAUCACUGGUCCCGCUGUAGUCCCUGGCCACUUUUCAUUAGAGGAUGACAAUGUGGUUCUAGUGCUGAACGGCAGAGAGGAAGGAAAGAUCUCCUACGCCGCUAAGUGGCUGCAUUAUGCCCAAACAUUAGUACAAACUCACAAGCUGCAGCAUGUUGCUGUUGUGUUGCUUGGAAGUGAACAGUGCAGAAAUGAAUGGAUUUUCCCUUACUUGAAAAGAUAUGGAGGGUUUGUGGACUUGCUCUAUGUAAUAUAUGACAGCCCUUUGGUGAAUGAAGAAGAUAUUUUCCAGUGGCCUUUGGGAGUAGCUACUUACAGACAUUUUCCUGUAGUUGAACCAAGCUGGUCAAUGCUCCACACACCAAGGUUGUACCAGUGUAAUUUCCUAGGAACCGUUUAUAAGAAUUCAACAAGAGAAACCCUAGUAGAAGUACUGAAGCAAAGUGGACUUGAUAAGCUUUGUUGGAUUUCGGCCAGAGAAGAGUGGUGGCCUCAAGAAACUAAUGAGAGCCUUCGAAACUACCAUGACGCAUUACUACAGAGUGAUCUCACAUUAUGCCCAUUGGGAGUAAAUACAGAAUGCUAUAGGAUUUAUGAGGCUUGCUCAUUUGGCUCUGUUCCUGUUGUAGAAGAUGUAAUGACACCAGGCAACUGCAGAAAUUCAACUGUGUCCCAUAGUGCUCCACUGCAAUUACUAAAGACCAUGGGAGCUCCCUUUAUCUUUAUUAAAAACUGGAAAGAACUUCCUGCUGUUUUAGAAAAAGAGCAAGAUAUGACUUUACAACAAAAGAUUCAGAGGAGGAAAAAACUUAUGGAAUGGUAUCGGCAAUUUAAAGUACAAAUGAGACAAAAAUUUAUUAGUACAUUGGAAAAUUCAUUUUUAUCUAAGGAUGAUGGAGGUUAAUUACUAAAGACCAUGGGAGCUCCCUUUAUCUUUAUUAAAAACUUAUUUUUAUCUUUAUUAAAAAAUUAUUACUAGGGUUGCCAGGCCCGGCCUCCAAGAGGUCUUAUGUAUCUUUAAAAGUUGUGCAGGGGGAAGGGAGAAUUCUACCUUGUGGUUUUUCUCAUUACAGGGUUGCAAGAACACAUGCACUUGGCUGACUUUCUCUUCUCCUAAAGAUACAGGAUCAGUCUCAGGCCAGGAACCUGGCAACCCUACUGGCAGUGUUGGUGAAACCAUGUCUCCCUGCAGUUCCUCCCACCAUGCCUGCAAAUCUGCUCCAGAGGAUUGGGGAACUCUCCAGAACAGAUUUGGUGGGGAUGGCUGGAGGGUGGAAGAGAAGAAAGGAAGUCCUGGUGAGUGAAUGGAAGUCCACUUGUGCCGUGUUGGAUGUUGCCCAAUAGCCUGAAAAUUAAUCAAGAAACCAGUUUAGAAAAACGAGUCUCAUCACUGAAAAAUCUACUUCAGAAGUCAUGUUCCUUGAGUUUAUUUUCAAUAUUUAUCUACCACCCAAAAAUUCUCUUAGUGGUUCAUAUGGAAAUAUUAAAACCAUGAAAUUUAUAUUGAAUCUAAUAAUAAAACUAGCAUCAGAGAAUAACCUCAGCAAAACAGAUAUGAAACAUACUAAAUAUAUUUAAGAUUGAAAAUUAUGGGGGUAUGAUGGAGGCAUUUCAUUGUGUUCCUGACUUUCUGAAAAUAGGAUUAAACAAAGAAUGAGUUUUAAUUAGCUUUUUUUAAAGUGUGGAAUAAAACAGUUUCAGUGAGGAGAAUAAAAUUAUCCAAAUCAAUCUUUUUCCAGCAAAGAAAAUUAUUAAGCUCUAUAAGCUGCUGUUGGGCAGGAAGUUUUAGUAUAUUUCUUUAGCAGCAGAGAAAUGCGUGUCCUCCCAGAAGCAAGACACUUUGCCACUAUUACCUCUUAAGAGGAAUUCACCACUUUUGACAUAGAAAUGUGUCAUCUUCAUCUUGGUGACUUCCAGAUAGGACUACUGUAAUGCACUGUAUGUUGGGCUGCCCCUGAAUAAGGUUCACAGGCAUCUGCUAGUGUGACAUGUUGCUACCUGGCUAUUAACAUGUAUGAGUAGGCACCAUCCCGUAAUGGUUAUUUUGAGACUACUGCAUUGGAUACCAAUCUGUUUCCAGGCCCUGAAGUGCCUGGAUCCUAAUGAUCUCUCUUCUAGUAUCGACAUUCUCCCCCUGCUGCCACCAACUUUUAAAACUGACUAAUUUUCAGGACUCAGCUUCUUUUCUUGCUGUUGAUUUGACAGUUGUUCUGCUGACCAGCAGUCUUAAGCCUUUUUUUAUGGUUGUGCUGUGUGUUAAAACUUUGCAACCAUAAAGUGGUGUGCAAAUUACAGUAUCAAGAUUUAACAAGGUCAGAGUAGAACCUUUUUUUAGUGAGAUCCAGUUCGCACCAAUUUAUCAGCAUAAUAGCUACUGAAAAAAAUCACAACUACAUAAUGGCUGUGAAGUUUAGACACCAUUUCUAUAAAGUAUAUUCCCAUGAGGAUCUGGCAGUUUUUGACCUUGUGGUUAAAAAUCAUUGCCAGUAUAUGGGGAGCCACUGCACACCAGCCUCUAUGUAGCUGCAUUUUUAAAGUUGCUGCCAUGCCAUCAAUCACAUUUAUGAACUGUGCUAAUGUCUUGUGCAUCUGGGCUCAAGGGCACUGCUAUAUGUGUGAGUGGACAUCUGUAUACUCCAGGGCCAUUUCUCAGGGUUCUACAGUGUACAUACAAUUUAAAAUCCAAACUAUUUAACAGUUCCAUGCUAUCAUUAGAAUGAUAUGUAAAUAGUUUGGAUUUUAAAUUGUGUUUAGAACCCUGGACUCUUCCACUGUACCUAAUCAGAUGACUAGUUUCAGAACUCAAUUACUUGUAUACAGUACAGUUAAUUACUAAAGGUUAUAUGCAAUGAAGUUGUUCCAUUUACACGAAGACGUCUGCGAAUAGAACAACUUUGUUGGAUGCAAUCCUUAGCCAUUGGUUUGGCAUUUCCCCCAACUCUAUGGAACAGAUUUGCAGAGGGCACAUUGGGGUGUGGAGGUGUAAAGAUCCUUAGCACAAACAGAAGUACUUGUGGAAACCGACUACUUUGUUGGAGACAACCCUUAGCAUUAUUUAUAGCUUGCAACAGGAUGCUCAAAUAUCUCUCAAGAUCAUUCUGCCAUCUAGGCAAUACAUGAAGUAGCGAUAUUUAUUUACCUUUUUCAUGAGCUGUAUUUUUUAGGUUGAUGGUACAAACAGUUACCCUAUUUUCACAGAAAUGUGGUCUAGAUCAUUGUGUAAAUAAGUUGCUGUGAUUUAAAUAGAGCUUGGAUAGGGAACCUGUGGUCCUCCAUAUAUUGUUAUACAACUACUCCCAUCAUCCCUGACCAUUGACCAUGCUGGCUGCGGCUGAUGGGAGUUGGCGUUUAACAACAUUUGGAGGGGCACUGAUUCCCCAUCCCUGCAGUAGACCAUACUUCUAAGUUAGUGGCUUAGGUCAAUAGCUUAAUAUGUUUGCUCUUGAAGAUGUUAGCUUUUUUGUUAAUAUUUGGAGCUCAGCUGAAUAAAUUA